ACACUUUAACACUUUUGAACACACUAUAACCAUUUCUAGCACUUUCUAACAUUUUCUAACACUCUAUAACACUUUCUAACAGUUUCUAACAGUUUCUAACAUUCUAUAACACUCUAUAACAGUUUCUAGCAUUCUAUAACACUCUAUAACAGUUUCUAACAUUCUAUAACACUCUAUAACACUUUCUCACAUUCUAUAACACUCUAUAACAGUUUCUAACAUUCUAUAACACUCUAUAACAGUUUCUAACAUUCUAUAACACUCUAUAACACUUUCUAACGUUCUGUAACACUCUAUAACACUUUCUAACAUUCUAUAACACUCUAUAAUAGUUUCUAACAUUCUAUAACACUCUAUAACAGUUUCUAACAUUCUAUAACACUCUAUAACACUUUCUAACAUUCUGUAACACUCUAUAACAGUUUCUAACAUUCUAUAACACUCUAUAACAGUUUCUAACAUUCUAUAACACUCUAUAACACUUUCUAACAUUCUGUAACACUCUAUAACAGUUUCUAACAUUCUAUAACACUCUAUAACAGUUUCUAACAUUCUAUAACACUCUAUAACACUUUCUAACAUUCUGUAACACUCUAUAACAGUUUCUAACAUUCUAUAACACUCUAUAACAGUUUCUAACAUUCUAUAACACUCUAUAACACUUUCUAACAUUCUGUAACACUCUAUAACAGUUUCUAACAUUCUAUAACACUUUAUAACACUUUCUAACGUUCUGUAACACUCUAUAACACUUUCUAACAUUCUAUAACACUCUAUAACAGUUUCCAACAUUCUAUAACACUCUAUAACACUUUCUAAUGUUCUGUAACACUCUAUAACACUUUAUAACAUGCUAUAACACAGUGAUACAGUGUGCUCAUAAUGUGUGUUUGUGUGUGUGUGUGUGUUCAGCAUCUGUUCCUCCCUGACAGACACUCAGACAGCAGUAAACAGGAGGAUGUUCCUCACACAGAGCCUGGUGUUUCCUCUCCUUCUGCUGCUCUUCCUCUCAGGAUGUGUGUGUGAAGUGAGUGUGAAUGUGAGUGUGUGGCAAACACCAGACAACAUCACUGCAGCACUGGGAGAGAGAGUCAACAUCACCUGCCACUUUACACUCAGGACAUCAAAGCAAGAACGAUGGAAAAUAAUGUGGUGGAAAAUUAACGACACAGUAUUAAAAAAUAAAACUGAUAUCAGUAUAUCAGAAACAACUUAUAACAUUUCAGAUCAAGGGAAUAGAUCUCACACACUGCAGCUUCCUCCAGUGAGUGAGAGAGACAGUGGGAUUUAUUACUGCAGUGUCUGGCAGCAGGUUCCUGUACUCAGUGACCGAAUCUCCGGUGGAGGAACAGAGAUCAUCGUGGAAUCCACAGGGAGAAACACCACUGAUCCUGGUCCUGGUCCUGGUCCUGGUGUGAUGUCACUAAUCUGGAAGCUGCUGCUGUUAGCUUCAGUGCUGGUGGUGUGUGUUGUGUCUGUAACCUGCUGCUUUAAACACAGAGGUUGCUGCAUGAGAAGAAAGAGAGAAAGCCAGUUGGAGCGUGCAGCUGAUACCAACCUUGUUUACUCUGUAGUCAAAUUCCACAAACUGCAUGAGAAGAAAAACACACAGGAGGUCAGUGAAGCUCCAGACGCAGGAUCCGCAUCAAACGAGGAGGUUUUAUACUCCGACAUUCACUUCAGAUCCUAAAAACUCUGAUUAUUUGUACAGUGUAAAGUUUAGACAGUGUUUUAUAUAUCUGUUUUAAUAAUGUAUAAAAGUUUAAUAAAAU